UCUCUCACAUCCACCAUCAGCUCAUCUCUCCAGCUCUAUUCCUAAAUGCCAGAGGUCACCCGCUGGGGUCAGCCUUGUGCGGUGACUGCGGUUGGGGCCCCUUCCAUACCCAGGGAAUUACAUUAGGUCAUAAACGCGUGGGCAUUGUGUUGUUAUCAUCGGGCGAAGAUGCUGAAGGAAGUUGUGAUGUGACUGCCGUGUGUUCACUGGUCUAAUCAGCUGAGCUAGAUGAACAUUUUCAACGGACAUCACAGGCACUGACAGUGGAUCACUGGAUGCUUUACCACUGGCGUGUGUUUUGUUAAUCUUGGUAUACCGUGUUUGUCUCAUUACAUGGGUUGGUUUGACAUUACCGGUAGGAUCAAGCUCGGGAUAUCAUCUGGAUAAACCGCUGUGUUAAGAAAUCUUUUAGCAAGUCAUCUGUUCAUGCAUUCAUUCCUUCAUUCUCAGCCUGAGCCUCGUUCUGCAGGUAGUCGCAUCGCAACUAACUUCUCCCGUCUCCAGGCGAGCCAUUUCCAACGUGUGUCAUUGCCAUAGCAACCCAACCUCCGGGGAGAGCUCCCAAGGUAGUUCUGAUAAUCUGUGACGGCCACCAAAUUUGGAAUUCGGAGGAAGGGAAGAUGGCCUUAUAAGGCAGCUCACCUCGCAGAUGACAGAGUUUUUUCUGUGGAAAAGAUCCUUCGGGUUUUUUGAAGCAUUUCCCACCCUUGCAAUUUUUUUGGCUUCCUGUGGGCAAGACAGUUAAAUAGGAGAUCAAGCACAGCUCGUCAUGUCAGAAACGGAUGUGUAAUGGCUGUCGCAAGACCUGAGUUGUUCACUUCUGAUUCUGCAUUGUUAUCACAGUGUCACUAUGCUGAUAGUCGUUGAGAGGCUGGGCAGAUUAUCACCAGAGCACCAUCAAUGUAGCAGUAGCUAAGACUGACGUACUCAGGGGGAAGGCAAUUAGUUAGCCAUCAGCCAUGUUGAUCAAAGAAUAUCGCAUCCCCCUACCACUCAGUGUGGAGGAAUAUCGGAUAGCCCAGCUCUACAUGAUACAGAAAAAGAGUCGGCAGGAGAGCAGCGGAGCUGGUAGCGGCGUUGAGAUUCUCAUCAACCAACCCUACGAGGAUGGGCCAGGAGGUAGAGGCCAGUACACACACAAAGUCUAUCACAUAGGCAGCCACCUACCAGGCUGGUUUCGUGCAAUACUUCCCAAGACAGCUCUGCGAGUCGAGGAGGAAUCCUGGAAUGCUUACCCUUACACCAAGACCCGAUACACCUGCCCGUUUGUGGAGAAAUUCUCUGUGGAGGUUGAGACCAAAUAUUUUCCUGAUGCUGGCCAUCAAGAGAAUGUCUUUAAUUUACCUACAGCUGAGUGUAAAAGUAGAUUAGUAGAAUUCAUCGACAUGGUCAAAGACCCGAUUUCCAGUAGUGACUACAAGAAAGACGAAGACCCUAAGAUAUAUGUUUCUAAGAAGACGGGCCGUGGCCCACUGACCAACGAUUGGAUUACUCUGGACAACGACGGGAAACUUGUCCCCAUCGGAGGCUGCACAGAUAUCAUGUGUGCCUACAAACUCUGCAAAGUGGAGUUCAGAUAUUGGGGGAUGCAGAAUAGAAUAGAGAAGUUUAUCCAUGAUGUAGCCUUGAACAGAACCAUGCUACACGCCCACCGACAGGCGUGGUGCUGGCAGGAUGAAUGGGUAGGACUGACCAUCGAGGACAUCCGGCAGUUAGAACGGGAGGCAGCCAAGGAACUAAUGGAGAAGAUGGCAGAAGCUCAUUUGGACGAGACGGGCCAAGACUUAGCCCACAACGACUUCACCAACGAGAAGAACAAUGAGCUGCAGAAACUGGAGUUUCAAGACACGCCCAGCCCGGACCGGUCGCCAGCCACCACACAAGCUGGGAACCGGCUACGUGAUGCACAGAUGGACUCUGUUUGCAGUGACUUCAUGACAGAUGACGUACCCAUUAGUCUUGAAGAUACCGAGAUAGCAGUGGGAUCAAUGAAUCUCGGAACUCGCAGGUUGUCCAAGAGACUGUCAACUGAAAGACGAGGAUCCAGCAACAAGAGUGACAUGUUGGCACAAUGGAGAAUGAACAGCAUCCAACAAGAUUCGGAUAGCUCUGAGGAUGAGUUCUUUGAUGCCCAAGCUGAAGUUGAUGAGGAACCUCAAGGCCUGUCCCAGUGGAGUUCUCUAGAAGCCCUCAAUCAUGCAGUGCUCGCAGAAGGAGACUCCAUCCCAGCCCCACCCCUCUCUGCCCCUGCCACCGGUGCCCCGGUCUGCGACAUCAGCGUCCUGAUCCUGGUCCUGCAUGGCGGCAACAUACUAGACGGCAUGCAAGAGUCAGGGGCCAAGACCAGCGAUGUCAACACAUUCAAGAUUGCCUUUGACGCCGUUGUCAGGGCCCACUUCCCUAUUGCCCUAGGGAGGACAACCAUUAGACUGGUGCCUUGCCCAUCAACGUGCUGCGAGGCAAUGGCACUUAUGACUAGCCUCAGUCCCUAUGGAAAUGACAUUUCAACUGAAAACAAAGUACCGUCCAGCAACAGUGAAUUUAUUCCCCUCGGAGCUCUCCCCAUUCUUGCCACGUCAUCACCUGAUUAUCCUGACCUUGUCUUAGCCACCAUCAGCAACAUGAACAAGGUCUACUCUGACUUCAUUCACUCUGAGGACGGGCAUGGAUUUGACGGUCAGGUAUGUGUAGUCGCUGAUUGCAUGGGAGCUGUUCUUGGUUAUGAUGCCUUGUGCUGCAGCGUUAGUCACUGCAGUAGCACAAGCAGCCCUGCCAACCUGUCGGAUACCUUGUCCUCACCACCCAGCUCCAGCAACGACACUGCCCAUGACAAACCCUCGCCCCACAGAUGUGCCUCCACCUCCCGAUGCAUGGAGCGUCUGACCUUGGAAGGUCUGGCCGACCCAGCCAGUAAACGCCUCAGCCUGAGCAGCAGCGAUCUGCAGGCCAUGCAAGAUGAGGCGGUGGCCGUCCGCAGCCGCAGCGAGACAUCGCCCACGCCAAGCCAAUCCGAACGCAUGCGGCAUUUUUCCAGCCCCGUCUUCUUCAACAAGGAGAUACCGUUGUCCAAUGACCCACCAUCCACGGCUGGUGCAAUGGCCGGUAUUGACUGGCGACGGACAAGCUCGUGCAGCCAGGCUAGUAGCAUGUUCUUGGACUAUAUGACUCAAGUACCGUCCAGCCGACUGGAAUUUGAAGUUCAGCAGUUUUUCAUGUUUGGAUCUCCACUAGGGAUCGUGUUAGCUCACCGAAGGCUUUUACUAGAGAGCAAAGCAGUAACUCCACCUAGACCAGCUUGUCGUCAGAUUUUCAAUCUGUUCCAUCGCACAGACCCAUCAGCUGCCCGCAUAGAACCUCUCCUAAAUCACAAGUUCUCCCUCUUACCACCCUGUGCUGUAGCCAGAUACCAGAAGUACCCACUAGGAGACGGCCACUCAAUCAACCUUGUUGAUUGCAUAGCCCACCAUACCAUCCUAUUCCUUGAGGGCCAGUCGGGCUGUGCUUCAGCUAACUUCACACCAAGCCACCGUCGGUUACCCAGCUCGGCAAGCACCUGUAGUGAGGUAGCCGAAGAGGAUACCAGUGGCAUGUCACCUGCCCUCACAAACGUUGUGCAGUCCAUCAGUGGUAGGUGGUGGGGUGCUAAACGCCUCGACUAUGCCUUGUACUGCCCAGAAGCUCUCCAGGCUUUCCCCACCGGUGCCCUGCCUCACCUAUUUCAUGCCAGCUACUGGGAGAGUACCGACGUUGUGGCAUUCAUUCUUAGACAGAUUUUCCAGAACGACUGCGUCAGCGUGCACACAGGUGACGGGACAUCUACGACAGCGUUCAUUCCUUCCAAUCCUCGGGAGAAAUGGCAACGCAAGAGAACAAGCGUCAAGAUGAAGCAAAAUGUGAAUCCCAACCAUCGAGUGCAGGACACAAUUUGCCUGGAGGGAGCCACACAGACGCUGACAGGACGGUUCAUGUACAGCUCCCUAGACAUGGUGACGCUGACCGGAGAGAAGGUUGACAUUCAUAUUGUCACUCAGCCACCGUCGGGUGAGUGGGUCCAUUUUGCUACUGAAAUCACCAAUAGUCACGGCCGCCUGUCCUACACAAUCCCAACCACACGUAGUCUGAGUCAAGGCAUCUACCCUGUCAAGAUGGUUGUGAGAGGAGACCACACAUCAGCUGAGGGCUAUCUUGCCAUUGUACCACCCAAGUGUGAAUGUGUUGUCUUCAGCAUCGAUGGUUCUUUCACAGCCAGUGUGUCCAUUAUGGGUCGGGACCCCAAGGUCAGAGCUGGGGCGGUGGAUGUUGUCAGGCAUUGGCAGGAUCUGAACUACCUGAUCAUUUACAUUACAGCCCGACCCAGCAUGCAGAAACAGAAAGUAGUAGCCUGGUUGGCGCAGCAUAACUUUCCACACGGCAUGGUGUACUUCAUCGACGGACUGUCCACCGAUCCACUACGACAGAAGGCUAACUAUCUCAAGAGCAUCACUGAGCAGCACAAGAUGGUGAUCCAUGCAGCCUAUGGUUCCAGCAAGGAUAUCUGGGUGUAUUCAACCAUCGGUCUGCGACCCUCACAGAUCUACAUCGUGGGUAAAGUGUCCAAGAAAUACCAAACUCAUGCUCAGAGGUUCCUAAAAAGGCACAGCCUGGGUGAUAUCGCUGAUAAGGAUGCCAUGGGUGCUUAUAACCCAGAGAGGCGACGCAGUCAUGGUGAUAUUCAGGAAGAGAAGUGCAGGAUACUGAGCGGUGGUUAUGCAGCUCACCUAGAUACCCUAGCCAGGCAGUCCCGGCCAGCUGUGGGGAACUCCCGUCUCAUUCUACGAAAGGGAUGUUUCAGUCUGCCAGGCCAGUCCCACCAACGAUCCGCCAAGCAAGCAGCCGCUCGUACGGUAUCCUAUGGGGGAAGCGUGGUACGAUCCCAGGCUGGCUCCACGGGCAGUUUCCGCAGCAGCAGUACCUCCUCAGUUAGUGUGAAGGGAACAGGGAGUUUCAACCCUGGUGGCAGCUUCAAGAUGCCCAAGUCCCAACCAACUGUCAAGUUUGAAAUAUGAGACCAGCGGUGUCUUCUCCAGGAAGGUAUUGCCUACUCUCUAGACUAUGGCUUGUAGUCCUUAGAAUGUGGCUGACCACUUGGUGAUACCUGGGGCCCAACAUUACAUUCAAAUUUUUGACAAAUCUUGUCUUAUAUUGGUGGGGUGCCAAUGAAAGACUACACCCACACCCCUGCCAUCUAUUAAAUCUUAUAGCAUUGCAAGUCUUGAAGGAAAUCAAUGAACAAAAACCCUUUAGUGUUUACACAGAGGAAGUGCUUUAAAAAGACCAAUUUCUCCCACAAAAAUUGGUUUUCAAGGUAAGUUGUUUACUGUAAAGGGAAACGAAGGGAUGCAGAAAGGCGUAUGAGAGGUAAAAAUGAACUUAGGAAAAUCAAAGGGCAAAAUCUGUUAUUAAAAAUUAACAUCACCCAGAUACAAAGUACAUCUUGAAACGAUUUCAUGGUACCUGCUGCUACAUCUGACUCGGACCAGCCAGCUGACCCCGGCAAGCUCGGUGGUCCAGUGGUUAGGACAUCUGCACUAGUGAGGAGGUCACGGGUUCUAGUGAGGAGGUCACGGGUUCGAGUCCCACCAGAGUGAGUUUGUGAAUUUUUUUUCACAAUCUCUCGGACAAGUGUAUACGUUGGUGUAAACCCAAAGUAAUUGUAAUCUCAAAUAUAAAUGCUUGAUGCAAGCAAAAAUUUGUAGAAUUUAAAAUGUAGUAUUGGAUUGAUUGUGCCAAUUUUUGAUCAAUAACAUAUUGUCAGCUCGGCUUUUUUGCUGACAGCAAAUCUGGUAUUAGUGUGGACACAAGAUAUCUUGUUUUUUUUUUGUCAGCUAGUCUGGCUUUCAGUAUUUGACAGAGGAGUAAUGACCCCUCCCUGGGGAGGGGAGGGGAGGGGGCUGGGGAGGUUGAGUUGACAUAUUACAUUCUUGAAAAUUUUUAUUCUCCUUUCUCACAAACUUUAAAUCUUACGAUUGACGGAACCUGUGAGUAAUUUGCACAUGAAAAGUAUUUUAUUAACGAAUUGUGGGCCUGCUUGUCUAGCACAGAUCUGCAUCUGGAUCAGGGAUCCCAACGAUCGAUCACUGAUAGUGAUCCAGGUCCCUGUGAAACAAACAGCCCCUAAAUAAUCAUUAACCCUAACCCUCCUCAAUCCUUCACCUGUUGGAGGACUGAGGAGUGUUAGGGUUAAAGAUACGUGUGGUUCAAGGAUGAAUAGAAAUGAGAAAAAUCCAAGGCCCAUCUGAUUUUAAUUCUAAGGCAGGUAUGAACUGGUUUAUAAACUGGGCAAAACACCUUGAUUUAAUCCAAAGACCAAAUGGAAAGGGUAACAGCGAAUAUAUUGGAUAUAUUGAAAUGUACCUUAGCUGUUCUAUAUUUUAUUCUAUUUAAAUGUUUUAUCACAUGACCGUGUACGUUUUGUAUAUAGACGAUGCUGACGUAGUCUCACUUUAGUAUACGUCUUUGCUUUAAUGAAGUACUUGUUAAGGCAGCAGCAUAAAAUGUUUCUCAAAAUGUCGGCUUUGUGUGGAAUAUCACACCGUUAAGUUUUCAGAAAAGACAAGUCUGCAGUUUUUGCAUUUUUAUAAAAAGAGACAGAUAUUUGACAGACUAUGCUGGCAUAUUGGUUCAAGUAUGCUAAGCUUUUAUUGAAACAGAAUAUGAACGAAAAGUAUUUGUAUAAUUACCAAGACUGAGCUUACCACAUUUUGAGGAACUGAUUUUGUGUUCCUUGCCUGUCGUUAUCUAAAACUGACUUAAGACUUAAAUACUUGUUAAUGGCUCCAUCAAAUUGAGGAAUAGAGGAUGAUAAAUAUGUGUGCACGUGCAGCUUUAAACCAGUGGAGGAAUUCUGAAGAUUCCAACUACACAAUGCACCAAGAACUGCUUGAUUGUUAGGGAGAAAUGCAGUACUUUUUAUUCAUAUUCUUUGGGCACUACACUUGAGUACAUGUUGCACAAUAUUAAAUUUACCAGUGAUAGUGCUUGAAAUAUAAACAAUAGGAAAAAUCCUUAGAGUUGUAUUCCAAGUUUUAGACUUGACACCUCAGUAACAAAACUAUUAGUAACAUGUAAAUUGCAGAGCAAAGUGGAAAUGAACCUUCAAAUUCACAAGUUUCUCACGAAUAGAGAAUUGCCACAGUUUAUUCCUCAUUUUGACAGAGUCCACCACUUAGUGGUUAGAUUGUCAUUGACGUGUUCCUGUACCGCAUGUGCUCUUCGACUACGAAAAUAUUUUGCCGUAACUUACGUAUGUGUAUUUGGAAGUCUUUAUUGAUAUGAAAAAGAAAAAAUCUAUGUGUUUUAUGGAAAGUACUGUGACCUUGUAAAUAAACUGUGACUUUAACUUUGAUCUGAAAAACAGAAAGAAAUUACGCUUACAAAUUAGACUUACGAGUUUGACUUACUAGACUUGUGCAAGAAAGAGGCUUGGAUUUAAAGCGACCACAAAAACAAAACUUGAAUGGACAAAUAUUAAUGAAUUCAACAGCUAUUUUGGAAUAAAUUUUAUUGUCUUUAGCCCACAUAAAAUUGGGUAUGUAAAUGUUAUAAUUAUUAAUACAAAUUUGGAGAAUUACUGUUUAUGUCAGGUACGAGAUAUAGAAGAAAAUGUAUAUUUGUUUUAAAAACUUGCAACUUAAAAAAAUGAGAAACGGCUCUGAUGAAGAAUUGAUAUCUUAUGUAUAUGUUAUUACUUCCAUAGUAUUUAUGAUAUCUGAACUUGUUGAUGUUGCAGUGUGGUAAUGUUCUAGAACCAUUGUUGGCUUGCAUUCAGUAGGCCUAGUCCACGGGGUUUAUGUUCAGUUACAAAUACAUUCUAUUUGUUUCAUUCGUAGUUCCCAAUGACGACUUUUAAACCGUAGGGAGCAUCAAGUUGUUGGGUUUCUGUAUGAUGUGAUUGUCGCCACAUAUUGGCUAGAUAUGCAUUAAUUGUCACAGGACAUACCACUGUUAAAGAUAGCCCCACGAGUGUGGCACAGACUCUCACUCCGUAGCUAUCCUUAGCCAAACAUCCGUAUGUGCAAUUUCGUGUCGGCGUACUGAACAUUUUCGGCGCACCCACUUAUCA